AUGGAUGCAAGUGAUGGGACACGUCCGGUCUCCCGCUCCUCUUACUCCAAUGGUUCCGAGGAGCCUCUUAUCGGAAAGGUCAAUGACGAAGGGGGCUUUCAAUAUCCGCGUCUCUCUAAAAUUCGAUCGGUUUUGAUCAUAGCAAGUUUGGCUGGGACAAACCUUUCCAGCAGUAUGUCCCACGGCCUAAUCACCUUUGCUAACAUGAACGGAUCAUUUAGGCCAUCGUCUGUCGCUGCCUUGGCGAGUGGAUGCUGUUUACUUAUUGCCGGAGCACUAGCAGACCUAGUUGGCGAUCGACUUAUCAAUAUUAUCGGCACUAUAUUACUUGCUAUUUCCGCUUUUGGGUCAGCAAUGGCUACGUCAGGCUUUUCCAUGAUUGGCUUCCGCUUGGUCGAAGGCAUCGGCGUUUCCAUGUGUCUUCCAACCGGGGUUAGCGUGAUUACUCGGUCGUUUCCACCGGGAAGACGACGGAACGUUGGGUUUGGAUGCCUGGGCUUGUCCCAACCCCUCGGCUUUUCCCUGGGAAUGGCCCUUGAAGGCGUAUUCGCGACUGCUCCAAAUGGCUGGCGAUACGGGUUUUACUUCUGCGCGGGGAUCGGGCUUGGUUUUGCCGUGUCCAGCAUCUUAACUUUGCCAAAGGACUACGAGAGACCCAAUUUCCACUGGCGCCGGGUCUUGUACGAUAUCGACUGGAUUGGUGCUCUUGUUGCCAGUGCUUGUUUGGGUAUCAUAUCUUAUAUCUGCGCUGUCCUCACGGAAGACAUUUCAAACCUGUAUCAGGUAAAGCAGAUCGUGUUAAUUCUCAUCGCGAUGAUUUUGAUACCUGUGUUUGUAUUCUGGAUGGAUUUCCAAGAAACCCGUGGAAAGCCAGUUUUGAUUCCAAAUUCAUUGUGGAGCAAUACAGCGUUCGUCGCCAUCUCAAUAGUGGUGUUCAUGACAUGGGGCGUUCUUCAAGGGUCGGAACUCUUCCUAAGUCUAUUCUUCCAGAAAAUCCAGCAUUUGUCUCCCCUGGAAACAUCGGUAAAUCUGCUCCCGAAUAUAUUUAUCGGUAUAGUAUUGAACGUCACUACUGGGUUGAUAGUGCAUGCUAUCAGGGUCAAUUACCUCAUUGUUUUGACGGCUACGCUUGCCGCGGUUUCGCCAUUGUUGAUGGCCUUUGUUGACCCGAAAUGGAAUUACUGGACCUGUGCUUUUUGGGCUGUUCUUCUGGGACCGGUGUCCGUCGAUGUGGUUUUUACUGUCGCGCACCUUCUUAUUACCGAUAUAUUUGCUCCUUCGACACAUGCUCUGGCGGGGGCCGUUUUCAAUACUAUUGCGCAGCUCGGGACCUCAGUUGGACUGUGCGUGAUCGCUGUCGUAUCGGCGGCGGUGCAGCAUUCUUCGAACUAUCCCAAAGAUUCUCCCGAUGCACUAAUGUCGGGAUAUAGAGCAGCAUUCUGGACCUGCUUUGCAAUGAUGGUAACCACCGUUAUCAUCUGCUCUGUUGGAUUGCGGAAUAUUCGUAAACUGGGUGCAACGACCACUGAAAAUUGGAGUUGA